AUGACAGGUGGUUUCUUGCAGAAAGUAAAGACAUAUCAUAAAAUGCUACAGUACCAUGCGGACACUUUGAGCCUAGAGUCGUUUGUCUUGCGAGCCCUUCCGAAUGGAAAGUUCUGCAACGAUGGUUACCUUGUAAUAUUUGACCAUGAUCUAUUUCAUGCCAAAUUGUCAUUCAACGAUUUACGUCCUAGUAUAAUAGAAGUGUUAUCUAGCUUGCGAAUUGUUCUAAUUGAAUCAUGCGACGAAUUUGUCAAAUUUCUAAACACCGUUAACCACCCAUGCACAUUAGUGAUUUAUGGUUUACUAUCAUUUGUUUUGGGCAUGGACCUGUUUGUUAUCAGAGGUCAGAAAUAUCAUUUAUGCAGCAGCGCAUAUGGUAUAAACAAACUUUUACAUGAAAUGUUCCUCAUACAUGUCAAAUACAAAGUAGAUAUAUCCUUGAAUGAUCCAUUUGUCAACAAUUUAGCUUUACCAGAUAUCUCACUACCUUGUUUUUAUAGUCCAGAUUUUUCUCAUGAGCAAGCUCUAAGUUGUGACCUGUCUCAAGUCUCGGUAUAUACUCAUAAUCAUUUUAGAUCUGCAUCUUCAUUUACACCACAACCACCUGGUGUAAGUUUACAGAAGAUCCUUAGCAAAUGGGCAAAUUUUCAAAAGUAA